AGUUACUCAUUCACUCAUUCUGAAAGUUUCGCCUGAGUUUGUUGCCGCGUUGUCUGAAUAUUUUUACUUUUAUUUAAAUUUAUUUUAAAAUAAAUACAACAUGUCCGUAGCAGCUAAAGGAAUAUUCAUCGUCGGCGCCAAGCGUACGGCGUUCGGCACAUUCGGCGGCGCGUUCCGCAACACGUCUGCUACGGAACUGCAGACCAUCGCCGCCGUCGGCGCGUUGAAGGAGGCCGGCGUGAAGCCCGAGCAGGUCGACACCGUCAUCGUGGGGCAGGUCAUGUCGGCCUCACAAACUGACGGUAUCUACACGCCUCGCCAUGCUGCCCUGAAAGCUGGCAUUCCUCAGGACAAGCCCGUUUUGGGCAUCAACCGACUUUGCGGUUCUGGAUUCCAAUCCGUUGUAAACAGCGCCCAGGACAUCAUGACUGGAGCAGCUAAGAUCUCCCUGGCCGGUGGUGUAGAAAACAUGUCCCAAGCUCCCUUCGCUGUCAGAAAUGUCAGAUUCGGCACCGCCCUCGGCAGCUCAUACGCUUUCGAAGACACAUUGUGGGCCGGUCUCACUGACUCCUACUGCGGUCUGCCCAUGGGCAUGACUGCUGAGAAACUCGGUGGACAGUUCAGCAUUACCAGGGAUGAGGUUGAUAACUUCGCGCUGCGAUCACAACAAAGGUGGAAGGCUUCCAACGACGCAGGCGUGUUCAAGGCUGAGAUUGAACCCGUCACGCUGACCAUCAAGAAAAAGCAAGUAGUGGUCAGCGUGGACGAGCAUCCUCGCCCGCAGACCACCAUCGAGGGACUCAAGAAGCUCCCGCCCGUGUUCAAGAAGGAAGGCCUUGUCACUGCUGGUACCGCUUCGGGCAUCAGCGACGGUGCCGGCGCUUUAGUUCUGGCUAGCGAAGAAGCCGCCAAGAAUCUGAAGCCCCUCGCGCGCCUGGUCGGCUGGUCAUACGUGGGCGUCGACCCCAGCGUCAUGGGCAUCGGCCCCGUGCCCGCCAUCGAGAACCUCCUGAAGGUCACCAAAUUGACCCUCAAUGACAUUGACUUGAUCGAGAUCAAUGAAGCGUUCUGCGCUCAAACCCUGUCGUGUGCCAAGGCACUGAAGUUGGACAUGGAGAAACUGAAUGUGAACGGUGGAGCCACCGCGCUCGGACACCCGCUCGGCGCCUCAGGAUCCAGGAUCACCGCCCACCUUGUACAUGAACUCAGACGCCGCGGACUGAAGCGGGCUAUCGGCUCGGCGUGUAUCGGAGGUGGGCAGGGCAUCGCCGUUAUGGUUGAAGCUGUUUAAAACAUCACAAUAUAAUAAAAAAUAACUAAUUAUUAAGAAAAACUGCCCUUUGGUACCCUAACGCUAUUAGCUUAAGUCUGAAUUCGUUGUAAUUAUAAAUCGCAUAGAACUUGGCUGUACACAAGUUAUUUUUACAUCAAGAUUUUGAAAUUAUUUAUGUAUAAUAAUGUAAAUAAUUUUAUCAAAUUUCAUACAAUGAUGAAUGUUUAUUAGACUGAACGUGUUACUGUUUUAAAAUUCUUAUCGUGAACUUGAAAUAUUGUUUAAAACAUAUUUUCGAUGGCUGUAUUCGUGUAUA